AUGGAGCUCGAUGCUAUGCGUGCCAUGCGCACGGCCUCCAGGGUCUCUCCAUGCUGGAGGCCAGAGGGAGGAAGGAGACUGGAGGGUUGCCACCUGUCGGGCCCACCAACCUUGCGGCUCAAGGGAGGCAUGGAUCAGAACAAGCUGAUGGAGUUUGAGAGCAUCCUAGAGCAGCUGCAGCAUCCUGAAGCUACGGCGCAGCAGCGACAACACGCGCAACAGUUUGCUCUCAUGCUCCAGAACCCGGUUGACCUGUCUGAGAUCGACGAAGGCCUCCUCAGCCAGAAGGCCGGCGACGCGAGCGGCAAGCGGCAGCUCGCAGUCCAGAAGCGGAUGGCACAACUGCAGCACAUCCUCGACCACUCAAGAUCCGCUACAGCACAAGUGAUUGCUUGCAACAGCUUGACAGCGUUGAUCACCAACAACUGGGACAACAUCACCAUCCCACACGUGGAGAUCAGGAACUACGCGCUGACGUUCCUGUUUGCGCAAGUCGGAUCCCCCAGCGUGCCCAUGUAUGUAGUCAGAGCCAUGAUGAGGCUGCUGUCACGCGUGACGAAACUCGGAUGGCUCCAGUGUGACGUUCACCGCAACAUCCUUGCAGACCUGAACAGGUUCUACGACGCCUCUGUGGAGCACUACAUCAUGGGGCUGCAGAUCAAGUACGACUUGGUGGAGGAGAUGGACGUACCUGCUCAGACGAGGAAAGAGUAUGUUCUCAAGCGCCACUUUCUCGCCUCCGGGCUGCUGAACAUCUUCAAGAUCUCCUUGGAUACACUGCAAAAGCUGCAAACACAAAUGAUACCGGAUUCUAGAAGGGCGUCCGGUCUUAUGGACGCGGCGCUGCAGCUUGCGAUCCGAUGCUUGUCAUACGAUUUCAUGGGGCAGUCCAACGAAGAGACUGAAUCCUUCUUUCUCCCUGUUCCGAUGCAGUGGAAAGCAGAGAUCAAGGAUCCCUCCCUCGUUGACCUGUUGUUCAAGGUGUACUACGAGAGUCGCCCUCCGCAGUCAUCCCGUGCUCUAGAGCUCCUCAUGCUUUUCAUCUCAGUGCCAAGGUUCUCGUUGGACGCGCCAGCAGCCGGCAGCAGAGUCUUCAACGGGAUUAAAGACAUCUUCCGAGGAGCCGCCGGGCUCGUUGAGCGGGAGAAUCACCAGACGGUCUGCAAGCUGUUGGGAGCGUAUCGUGACCUUGACGUGGUCGGAAGGAGCAAGAAAGUUGUCGAGUACACAGAGUGGCUGUCUCUCGCUGCGAACUUCACCAUCGCCUCCCUCAAGUCCGUUGAGACGCCGACCAACAGCCUUCACUACCUGAUGCUGUUCUGGUGGCGGCUAGCUACUCAAGGUCGAAGCCAGGGCUCGGGGACGAACCUGCUUGCUAGAAUCGUUGCGAUGCACCAGGCAAACAAUGAUGACUCUGAAUCACAGGAGAAGAACACGCAGGGGAUCAUAGAGAAAUUCAUCCCCGAGGUUGUCAACGCCUACAUCCUCGGAAGGCUGGACAGCGUGGAGGCGGCGGCCAACGGCAGGAUAGAUGAUCCCCUGGAUGACGUUGACAUGCUGCAGAGUCAGCUCGAGCUGCUUCCUGUCAUUGCCAGCAACCAAUACGCGGCCAUCGGCGGGUGGCUGACAGAAGUCCUCGAUCGGACAUCGAAGAUGUACGAGGCUGCCAUCAGCUCUGGGGCAGCUGGACCGUCGCAUAUGCUCGAGAAGCAGCUCUCGUGGCUGGUGCGCGUCUGUGCGGCCAUGAUAGGUGGGCACUACACGCUCGACACGCAGAUCAAGAUCGAAGGGGGCCGGGUGCUGCCAACCGCCGUCAUGGGUACGAACAUGCAGGAGGGCGAUGAGAUGGUGGAUGCCGACUUGAUCUGGAGAAUGCUGCAGCUGAUGAUGCUGAUCGAGAGGAGGAACUCUGCUCUCAACCUGGGAAGGUGCGACUACCGCCUUGAGAUCGCCAUGCUCUCGUUCAUGGACAAGUUGAAGCAAGGGAUCUUGUACGUCGACGCUGCUCUAGAGCAGAACAAGGAGUCGGACGAAGACAGCGGCUCCCGAUACUCGAUGCCUCACUUCCUCCAGAGCCUGCUGGGCAAGAGGAUGCAGGUGAAUCUUCCCAAGGAGGUAUACAAGGAGAUCUUUCAGAGGAUAGGGCUGGGAGACCACAAGGACGUUCUCAGCAUACUGGUACGAAAGGUCAUCACCAACCUCAAGGUCUGGGCGGACAACCCGCUGGUUGUCAAGGAGACUCUGCUGAUGUUUGCUACCAUGGUACAAGGUCCAGCAGGAGGGAAUGCAGCUCGGAUGCUGCUGGACUUGGAGGUGACGAAGAGCCUUCUUGUCAACCACAACGGGGAGCACGUGGCAUUCCUCUCUUACCCCGUGAACGCCAAGCAGCGGACUACCUACUACCUCACCCUCAUGCAGCUUCUCGUGACCAACCCCGAGGACCCCGAUGCCUCUGGAGCCUUCGAAGCGUUCCUCCACCCUCUGCUCUCCACCAUGGCGUAUCUCAACAGCAUGUCCAGCUUGCGAACCGAGGAGGCAAAGUUCGCCAUCAUCGGGCUGGCAAGAGACCUCCGAGGGAUCGCGUGCGCGUCCAACGUCAGGCUCUUUCCCAUCCUCUUUGAAUCUCUAUACCCCAGCUACCUCCCCCUCUUCACCCGCGCCCUGGACGUCUGGCACGACGACCCGGCCGUGACUGUCGCUGUACUCAAGUUCUGGAUGGAGAUGGCAGAGAACAAGGAGGAGAGGAUCAGGUUCGACGCCGCGUUCCCCGGAGGCCUCCUCCUCUUCAAGGAGAUGUCUCGAUCGAUCACUACGUACGCCCACCAUUUGCUCAACCAGGGGCCCCUGCCCGAGGGAGUGGACGCGUACAAGGCCAGGUACAAGGCCCUGGGAGUGUGCAUGGCGAGCGUUUCUUUGGCCAUAUCAGGGGAGUACGUCUCCUUCGGAGCGUACACGCUCUACGGCGACCAGAUCGCAGAGGAGGUGGUUUCUGUGCUGGUCCAGCUGGCCCUGUCGAUCCCCGAGCGGGAGCUGCUCGCCUUCCACAAGGUCGCCACCUCCUUCUACUCCUUCAUCGAGGCUCUCCUCCGCCAUGCCAUGUCCAUGGUGAUCGCGCUCGAGACCAACACCGUCGUCAAGCUCCUUCAGUUUCUCCAUCAUGGCCUUGCCAACGCCCUCCAGCAGAACGUUCACAUCCUAUGUGCGAGGAGCAUCGACCGUUUUGCUGCCUUCCUCUUCAGGAACAAACACCGCCAGACCUCUCUCGCUAACCGAAUGCGCCUUCACAUGGAGCAGGUUCCAACUUUGCUAGAGGACCUGCAGCUUGUGCUCUUGAAGCAGAUCAUCACCGACGAGCACAUCGAGCUUGGGAUCCUGUCGCACCCUCUUCUCUCCCUUAUCCUCGCGUCCGAAUCUGGUUUCACCAGGGUCUCUAGCAAGUUCGUGUCCAACCAGCCGGCCGAAGAAAGAGCCUCAGUCGCCGAGGCGUUCGGAGAAUUGAUGCAGGGUAACCAUGAGUGA